AUGAUGUGUGGUACGCCAUCUGCCAUGAUGCUGGCCAUGGCCGAGUCGCAGGAGAUCGCCCACAAGGUGAAGACCCAGCUUGAAGAGAAAGAAAAUCAGAAGUUUGAUUUGUUUAAAGCUGUAUCCUUCAAGAAACAGAUAGUGGCCGGCCUCAACAUCUUCAUCAAGGUUGAUGUUGGUGAUGAUAAAUACGUGCACCUGAGGGUAUUCGAAGCCCUCCCUCAUGAAAACAAGCCUUUGACCUUGUCUUCCUACCAGACCAACAAAGAAAAACAUGAUGAGCUGACCUACUUGUGAUUCUGCAGCCCCUUUGCCAAAUACUUCAUCUUUUCAAUCUGUG